CAAUCAGAGCUCGCGUUGUUUCGAAGCCCGUCUGUUUAAAACAGCAGAGGAAGCAUUCAACUGACUUCUGAAAACUAACUCCAACAAAAGCUGAUGUCUUCAGACGAGGAGGACCGAGCCACUCCUGUUCUGCCCAAAGAUUCAGACAGAGGCAGCUCCGUCUCUUCAGAACUGCAGGAUGAGUAUGAGGAGUUACUCCGUUAUGCUGUGGUGACCCCAAAACUUGACACACUUCAGCAGCUGAGGACAUCCCAGCUGUCAGUUGAAGUGCCAAGUUCUCAGCCAAAGAAUGAGACCCAAUCACAGCACCCAGCAGCUGAAACCGAAAGACUUUUGAGUGGAAGAUCAACAAGAUCAUCUGCUACCUCACAAGGCUCUGUGAAUAAGCGUGCUGCAUCCUCAAGACCGUCUCAAGUGGGUGAAACAGUAGGCCAAUCAACAAGUAUGGGGUCACUGGUGUCAGAGGCUGGUUCAGAGAUGCCACAGAGUCCAACUGAGAGGUCUAGAUCAACUAGCCCUGAUGCUUUUGAGGUGAUUGUGGCCGAGAUGUUUAUCUCAGAGGAAAACAUGAGCAGAAUGGAGAACAUCCUGGAUGUGUGGAGCAACAACUUGAAGUCAAAUGUGCUGACUGAACUCAGGAAAUGGAAACUAGUGUUUAUGGAGAAACACAAGCUGGAAAUGAAAAAAGAAAAGGAAAAAUGUGCAGCAGAGACAGCGGGCCUACAGUCUGAGAUAGACCACUUAAAAGAACUGCUACAAACGUAUGAAAUUUCGAACCAAAGAAAGGAUGAGGUCAUUGGGAACCUGAGCCAGGUAUUAGAAAGGCAAAAAGAGAAGGUUGAAAAAAUGAGAGCCUUCACUCAUUGGAGACUUCAGCACAUUGAAAUCAAGGAGGAGGCUCAUGCAGCUCAGGCAGCAAUGCGCCACUAUGAACUGCAGCUGAAGAGGAAGGUGUGGUUAGGUUGGCACUCUCUGAUUCAGAAACACUGGAAGGUCAAUGUGGAGCGUGCGUGUCGUGCAAAGGCCGAGGAGGUCUGUGAGCGCCUGUCUGCAGAGUAUGAAGCCAAACUGACAGAGCAACGUGGGGUUUUAGACAAAACUCACACUGAGAUCCAGAGACUGCGGUUGGAACGGGAGCGGUAUGAGGAAUCUAUGAAGAAAGCCUUCAUGAGGGGCGUGUGUGCCCUCAACAUGGAGGCUCUCAACAUGUUCCAAACGGCAGAGGGAUGGCCUGAACAGCUCCCCACACAGGAUCAGCAGGACCCUCCUCGCCCCGAUGAGCCCAGCUCUUCUACCAUGGGCCCACAUCCUGGUCCCUCAACACGAUUCACUCCUGUCCAUUUUGACCACACAGAGCCUCCCUUACUCAGUGAAUCGGAAGACUUGAUGAGUUUGCGUCCAGCAUCAAGAGUGGAUGUACUUCCUUCCUCCACAAUUGGCCACAGCUCUCUGGGGAGCACUGCACCCUUCAACAAGCAGGCCAGUGGGCGUGUACUUAAUGCUGGUCAACAAAAAUCCUCCAAAAUGGUGACAGCUCGAAUUACAGCUCAUAGUGAUGUCGGUAAAACUGCUCGCAGUAGACUCCAGGUGAUGGGUGUGUCUCCUCCCAUGAGCUCCGUCAUAGUGGAGAGACACCAUCCAGUUACACAGCUCACUGUUGGUCAGGCCACAGCUGCAAAGUUUCCUCGUUCGUCCCAGCAGAGUCAGCGGCCUGGAACAGGAAGGAGCUCCUCUCAGACACACUCCGGCACCUGCCAUGUACACUCCAUCAAAGUAGUGGAUUGAAGUCUCCAAAAAAGCUUUUUUAUUGUCA